UGCCAAGACACUGUGUAUUUCCACCUGCCGCCCCUCGGUGAAGACAUGAAGUGUGUCUAUGGAGUUUCCUGUUAUCGCCAAAUAGAAGCAAAGGCCCUGAAAGUCCGGCAGGCUGACGUCACCAGGGAGACGGUUCAGAAGAGCGUGUGCGUCCUCAGUCGAGUGCCUCUCUUCGGUUUGCUUCAAGCCAAGCUGCAGCUCAUCACACACGCGUACUUCGAGGAGAAAGACUUCUCCCAGAUCUCCAUUUUAAAGGAACUGUACGACCACAUGAACGGCUCCCUGAGGGGCUCCACUCUCGAGGGGUCGCAGGUCUAUCUAGGAUUGUCACCGAGAGAUCUAAUACUUCACUUUCAGCACAAGGUUCUUAUCCUCUUCAAGCUCAUUCUGCUGGAGAAGAAGGUCCUUUUCUACGUGUCUCCUGUCAACAGACUAGUAGGAGCUCUGAUGACAGUUUUAUCACUAUUUCCAGGUAUGAUGGAGCACGGCCUGGUGGACUCGUCCCACUACAGGCCUAAGGGCAGCGUGUCGGAGGACCCCAGUCCGGUGGAGAGCGUCUCAGGGGCCGAGGAGUUCAUCUCCGUGUCCGCCACCGACAUCGCCAGCACCCCCCCGGAGCUGCAGGAGAGCGGUCAGCCCGCCGCAGAGCCUCUGUCCUCAGGGGACAGCACCGAGGGGGACAGCCAUCUCCUCAAACCCCCGUCUCGCACCUCGCCGGACUCCUCGGAGAGCGACUGGGAGACCCUGGACCCCAGCGUGCUGGAGGAGAGUCCUGAGAAGAAGGAGGCAGCCGAGGGGAAAGACGCGGAGCUCCCGGACGCCUUCGACCCCGAGCCGGGGACGCCCAUCACCGUGCAGCCGCUGCCCGCCAACGGCCAGGGGGGGGUGGUCCAGGGGCUGGUGUCAGGGCUGGAGGAGGACCAGUACGGCCUGCCGCUCCCCAUCUUCACUAAGGGUUACCUGUGUAUGCCCUACAUGGCGCUGCAGCAGCAUCACCUCCUGUCAGAUGUGACGGUGCGUGGCUUCGUUGCCGGGGCAACCAACAUCCUCUUCCGCCAGCAGAGGCACCUCAGUGACGCUAUCGUGGAGGUGGAGGAAGCGUUGGUCCACAUCCAGGACCUGGAGCUGCGGAAGACCCUCAACCUGACGACGGCCGACCUGAGGUUCGCCGACUACCUGGUGAAGCACGUGACGGAGAACCGCGACGACGUGUUCCUGGACGGCACGGGCUGGGAGGGGGGAGACGAGUGGAUCAGAGCCCAGUUCACCCUCUACCUCCACUCACUACUGUCCUCCGCUCUGCAGCAAGAUAACGAGAGGCUGCUGGCUGACUACGGAGCGCCUUUCGUUGCAGCCUGGAAGAUUACCCACAACUACCGGGUGUGGUACAGCAACAAGCAUCCCGCCAUGGCCGCCAUCACCCCAGGACAUCCAUUCCAGGGCCAGUACAGUGUUGCUGAUGUGAAACUACGACUCUCGCACUCGGUGCAGAACAGCGAGAGAGGGAAGAAGAUCGGAAACGCCAUGAUGACAACCAGCCGCAGCGUGGUGCAGACGGGGAAGGCAGUGGGUCAGUCCGUGGGCGGAGCGUUGACCAGCGCCAAGUCGGCCAUGUCCUCCUGGUUCUCCACCCUGGCCCAGCCUGCAGCUGUAGCCGCUCCAGAGUACGUGGAGGCCGCCACAGAGGUCCAACCCUAACCCCCCCCCACCACCCACCCCCACUCUGUGUGUGACUCUGUCGUCGUCCGCUCACCCUCUGGCUGCUGUGAACCCCGAGGCUCAGUGGACCAGGAGCUGCUUUUAUGAAGGAGGAGAGAAAAAGAGUGUGACGUCUUCAGGUUGGUGGCUCCGGGCGACAUCGUGACAGGAAGGCAGCGCCGCGUUAUAAUAACUGUACAGUCCAUUUCCACUGUGAGGCAGAGACUGCCAGCGCUUUUGAUCAAAAACCCCGAAGUCUCCGCCGGCUGCACCAUGUCCGAGCGGCCCUUUGUAUCGCUGGAUGCCUCUCCUGUAAGACACUAAAGAUACUGUCGUACGGUUUGCCCUGUCACUCUCCCUGCUGCGUAUUUCUAGAGUUUGCCUAUAUCUAUAUUUGCUGACGGUUUCAGGCUCAUUUCUUUGGAGAGGUCAAAGAUUCAUCGGUGCCACAGGAUUUGACAGAACAGCAUGAGCUGUGGCACCUCAAACAUUUUAACGGUUCAGAUUCUCAGCCUGGCUCUUGUUCAGUGAUGGAACAACAAGGUGGUGGUCGCAGUAAUGGCAUCAAUUCCUGCAUACAUGAAACUAAAUACGUGAUUUAAGAAAGACUGAAAGUAAUUAAUUUAUUGAUUAUGAUUUGUUUUAUAAUUACUGGUUAAUUUGAGGAAAUAGUGAGACAUAAAACACUAUCGGACAAAUAACAUUCUUCAGCACAAACAACUUUAUUUUGUUUACCUAUUCAUUUGCUUUGCCAAAUGUUUUUAAAGAAAGAAAUGUAGUUUCAAUAAGUAUUGCAAUAAUAUUAUUUAUUAAUGUAUUCAGUGUUAUUUUUGACUUGUCUGAUAUCAUUUUCUUACACCUUUAAUGUAGUAGUUUUAUCCAAUUCAAUGUAAGAUGAUAUAAUCUUAAAAAAUAGAUAAAAAUGGCAAUUUCAAUUUGCUCUAAAACUGCACUCUUAACUCAUUUGACAAAAAACCCCACGACACAAAUAACAUCACAAUCUGAAUGCUGUUACUGCGCUCACCAUAAUGUUGUUACAUGGAUCCUGAUUCCUGAUUCUGUCUCCUGUUGAAAUCCUCUCUUAACUAUGAAGGAACCUGCACCCAGCUGUGUUUGACCGGGUGUCAUCAACCCCCCAGGCCUUUUUAUACUACAUAUAUAUUUAAUGGGAGACCUAUAUUUAGUACAUCUGAAGAUAGUUAUUUAUUUGUUGUGUAGAAUAUCCUCGUUUUAUCAUGAAAACACUGGAACUGAGUGUGGAGCCCUGUGUGUAUUUACACAGAGCGGCCAUCAUAUUCUAUUUAUGUGACUCUUAUCUGGUAUGACUGUGAUGUUCAGGUGCUUUCAGGAUCUGUUCCCUCCAUGCUUCAGAUAUUCAACAACAGUUGGAUUCAAAGUGGUCCAGUGAGCAUGCUCUGUCCAGUCCGGUUUUACAGCUGUAUUUAGUGUCACCCCCUCCCGUCUUUAAAACUCUUUUAGUGUCCCCUUUGUUCUUCAUGCUUUUAAACCUUCUUUGGCCAUCGAGUCAUUUCGGGAAUUUUCUUUAGAUUUCUGGAUUAAAAGAUAUCAGGUGUUAAAAGCUGCCUUUUAUUUCUUUUUUUUAUCCUCUGAUAUAUUUUCAUUUUAUAUUUAACAGAUAUGAAUGUAUUGUGAAUGACAGUUCAGAAUAUUUUCUUGACAGAUGCUUUUAAUGUAUUUGAGAAAAAGUGAUCCUCUACUAUAUUGCUGUAUUAAAAAAACAUAAAUAAUAACAAGCUUUCACUUUUUAAGAGACUGUGAUAUGGGAUCAGUUCUUUUCUGUUAUCCCUCUGGGUGUUUGUGUCUGGGUACGAAUGUAGGUCAGAACAACAAAGUGGUGGCGUGUGUGUGUUUAGAGGGGGUUGUUGUUGUGGCACAUGAUCGCACAAAAAUGCACCCAUGUGUUUUCCGAAAACAAUUCGGCAACAUCACGAGGACACGGCAAGAUCAGCAGAAAGUCACAGUACAGACAGAGGGAUUGUUUAUAUAUUUAAUUUAUUUGUACACACUGAUUUUGUUUGAAUUAAUUCUCCUUACGUCUGAUAAUUAGAUAAAUAUAUAUAUGAGAUUAUUUUGUAUCUGUUUUUUCUUGAUACAUUACAGAACUGGUAUUGUUUAGUGUUCUAAUCUUUAACUAUUAAUCAUUUCCCAUCAUGUAUCCUUAGCCAUAAAGCACCUCAAAUAUUAGCUACACAUCUAUUGAGAAAUGUACCACAGUCCAAAUAUUUAAAUGUUUUGGUAACCAAUAAAAAUGCUUGUGUUUAACAGUAGCAUUUCAAGGAGUGUAAAUUAUCUUUAAGUAUCAAAAACAGUUCAAUAUCGAUAGAUUGUUUUUUUGACAAAGAAAGUUAAACAUUUAAAAAAUAAAUAAACACCAAUAGUCUAAACAAAAGAAGCAGGGAGUCAGUUUCAGGAACGUUUUUGGUAUGUUUUUUAAUAAAUUAACGUUCAUUCAAAAUACAGUGCCAAAGGAAUAUGAUGCAGCCAAACAUGCUAGUAAGGUUUGUCAUGAAGCACCUGUGCUCAUGUUUUUAAAAAGGUAGGAGGAAGACCCCUGCUCCCCCUCCCCAACUAUAACCUGCCCUCUCCACUACUGCUAGUGGUUGCCGGGACGAACUCCAUAGCAACAGUCGUGGGCCAGCCCUCUCUUCUCACAACCAAUCAGCAGCAAGAUUCCUCAAUUUUCACUUGAGAAAAAAUUCAAUCUGAUAGGAAAAUGGACAUCUACCCACAAUCACACUACAGUAAUGUUUGAUAUUAAAUUAAAAAAAAAGACACUAAUACAAAAUAGACCUGGUUAUUUCCCCCCACACUAAAACAGUUGUCUUUUAAAACAUAUGAAAAAUAUAUAUUUUAUUAUAUAUAUAUAUAUUUCAGCAGCUUGGGGGAAAAAACAAAAAAAAUGCAUGAGCCCGAAACCUACUGAGAGUGGAGUUGUGUAGAGACCCUCGUGGAAAGCAAAAUGUUCAUGAUCAUGUGACGAUGGAUGGAGUGAGGUGUAAACUGCGAGCUGUGUGGAAGACAGAGGUGGGGGAGGAGGACAGAGGAGAGGUGAGGGUGACCGGACCUGCAGUCACCCACUCUUAAAUCCUCUCCUCACUCGUUUCCCCCUCCUCCCGAAAACUACAGCCCCUGUUCCUCUCGUCUGCGGGGGCCUUCAGAAGAAAAACACAGAUCCCGUUUGUUAAAAGGUAAUCUAAUACUUAUUUUGCUCAUUUGUGGAGGAGGGUAGUUGUAGUAAACAUGGAUUUAAAUGGAGCCGACAGCUAACAUGUCUGAACCAGUGCUGAAAGGACAACUGUCAAUCAUUUCCUCAUUUGAGCAGAGCUGCAACCAAUGUGUUUUUUCAACAGAAUUUCAAGCCUAAUUUUUAAGGAAUUUGCUAAAAGGGUGAAGCAAUGGAUCGAACUCAUUUUAUAUUUUGGAGCAGAUCGAAA